CAAGUCAGAUCUGGGGAGGAUAACACAGCUUUGAUAUCUCGCAUCUUGUCAGUUGCCGCUGCCACCACAGCUGCCACACUGCUUGACGGUGAUCAGGAAGCAAUCGCCGAGGCUCAUAGCGUGAGCGGCGAUGGUACCUUCAGCAACUUUCUCCAGUCGUUGGAGAGUGGUCGUUUGGCAUCGGCUCUCAGACAAGGGGGCCAAACUUCGGCUAAUGCACCGCUCAACUUCUUUAGGAUGUUUCGUUUCGGUUCGGCCAGAGAUGCUUCACACGAUGCAAACGACUCGUCAUCUGCUCAGUCCGCUGGCCCCGAUGGACGCAUGGUUCCAGUCAUCAUCGUAGGUAUUCGCUCAGUGAACCAAACGAAUGCGAAUGGGGCUCAAGAUACCGCCAUGCCGCCUUUCCUGGAUGCCCUAUCUGCUCUACCAAGACCACCGUUCAAUGGAGAAAGCGACAGUAUCGAUCAUAUUCUAGAUCCAUCGCCGACGCACCGUUUCAGUCAUCGUCGGCGAGCUUCCAUGGGAGGUCUCUCCAAUUUCCCUGCUGCAUACGACUCCCAACGUCACUCGUCGAUCCCUGGUCGCGCACGCUCGCGCUCCAUAAACACCUCUCGGCCACCACUGAGUCCUACGCUGUCACGCGUGAGUUCGGCCAAUUCUGCUAUCCCGCCUCAACGCCCUCCUUCUAGCCGUUCAAACUCAAAUUACUCCGACCGCCGUGAGAGCAUCAUCCGGACCACUACUACAACCACAACCCUCGAAACCACGGCAGAGAAUGCUCCAUUACGACCUCGCCCGCAUCGACCACGUCGACUUAGCGAGUCCGAUUAUGGCCACCGUGGUUAUUCUUCUCGACGUAAUGGUUUUGUUGAACCUGAUAACGCGCCUGGCGAGAAUACCCGUAGUUGGAUCAUCUAUGUCCUUGGUGGCAGUUAUCCCGAAAACCACCCCAUCAUCACGACUCCGAGUCUUUAUACCGAUUCGCCCACCUACGAAGACAUGAUGCUGUUGUCGGCCCUCUUGGGUCCCGCCAAGCCUCCUGUAGCUAGCGAGCAAGAUGUUGCUGAUGCUCCGGGCAUUUUCAAAAUUCAGAGUAUUGAGAGUUCACUCGUUGCCGUUGCACUCGAAGGCGAGGACAGGAUUGCUCUGACCUCUGAGCAGCGCUGUCUUGUCUGUCUCUGUGACUUUGAGCACGACGAGGACGCGAGACGCCUCGUCAAAUGCAACCAUCUGUUCCACAAGGAGUGUAUAGAUCAGUGGCUUACUAAGGGUCGAAACUCUUGCCCACUAUGUAGAGGGCAAGGCGUCGAUGAAAAGGAGAAGCCCUCUACCGAAGACACUUCAAUUCCCACC